AUGGGAAUACAAGGAUUACUCCAGUUUAUCAAAGAAGCUUCUGAACCCAUCCACGUGAGAAAGUAUAAAGGGCAGGUAGUAGCUGUGGAUACAUAUUGCUGGCUUCACAAGGGAGCUAUUGCUUGUGCUGAAAAACUAGCGAAAGGUGAACCUACUGAUAAGUAUGUAGGAUUUUGUAUGAAGUUUGUAAAUAUGCUACUAUCUCAUGGGAUCAAGCCUAUUCUUGUAUUUGACGGAUGUACUUUACCUUCUAAAAAGGAAGUGGAGAAGUCUAGAAGAGAAAGACGACAAGCCAAUCUGCUUAAAGGAAAGCAGCUUCUUCGUGAAGGGAAGGUCUCAGAAGCCAGAGACUGUUUUACCCGCUCUAUCAAUAUCACACAUGCGAUGGCCCACAAAGUAAUUAAAGCUGCUCGGUCCCAGGGAGUAGACUGUCUCGUGGCUCCGUAUGAAGCAGAUGCACAGUUGGCCUAUCUUAACAAAACUAGCAUUGUACAAGCUAUCAUCACAGAGGACUCUGAUCUUCUAGCCUUUGGCUGUAAGAAGGUUAUUUUAAAAAUGGAUCAGCUUGGAAAUGGCCUGGAAAUUGAUCAGGCUCGGCUCGGAAUGUGCCGACAGCUUGGAGAUGUGUUCACAGAGGAGAAGUUCCGUUAUAUGUGCAUUCUCUCAGGCUGUGACUAUCUCGCAUCACUUCGUGGUAUUGGAUUAGCAAAGGCAUGCAAACUACUAAGAUUGGCUAAUAAUCCAGACAUUGUAAAGGUUAUCAAGAAAAUCGGGCAUUAUCUCAAGAUGAAUAUAACAGUACCGGAGGAUUACAUCAAAGGUUUUAUUCGAGCCAACAAUACCUUCCUUUAUCAGCUCGUUUUUGAUCCCAUCAAAAGGAAACUUACUCCUCUGAAUGCCUAUGAAGAUGACAUUGAUCCCGAAACACUAAGCUAUGCAGGAUGGUAUGUUGAUGAUUCUAUAGCUCUUCAAAUAGCGCUUGGAAAUAAAGACAUAAAUACUUUUGAACAAAUCGAUGACUACAAUCCAGAUACUGCUACGCCUGUAAAAUUAAGAAGUCAUAGUUGGAAUGACGAAACAUGUCAAAAGUCACCUAAUGUGUAUAGCAUUUGGCAUAGGAAUUACUGCCCUAGAUUUGAGGUCAAUAUUAUUUCAACAUCUACACCAUUGAAGGAAAGUCCAAGUACUGUGGGCAUUGAACAAGUGAUUAGUACUAAGGGGUUAAAUCUUCCAAGGAAGUCAUCUGUUGUCAAAAGACCAAGAAAUGAAGAGCUAUCAGAAGAUGAUCUCUUGGGUCAAUAUUCUCUUUCGUGUAUAAAGAAGACCAAGAAAGAUAACUGUGAAAGCAAUAAAUCACUGAACUCUUCUGAAAUGUUCCUACCUGACCUGGUAGAUGGAACUGCUAGUAAAAAAAGCUUAAGCACACUGCCUAGGACAAGAAAUAAGUUUGCAACAUUUUUACAAAGAAAACAGGAAGAAAGUGGUGCAGUUGUUGUUCCAGGGACCAGAAGCAGGUUUUUUUGCAGUUCUCUAGAUUCUGCUGAUUGUCUAUCAAAGAAAGAAAGCAGCCAGCCUUUAGAUGAAAGUGCUGUCACAGAUGAAGAGACCAAUCUAAAAGAACCAGAUUGUCUCAAUAGCAAGAAACUGGUUGAUACAGACACAGCACAUGAUUCAAGUGAUCAGAUUCCAGGUGAUUUAACUGUGUUUGCUGAUGAAGAGUCUCAGCCCAGCAGAUUCACAAGGACCAUCUCACCACCCACUCUGGGAACUCUAAGAAGUUGUUUUAGUUGGUCUGGAAGCCUUGGAGAUUUUUCAAGAACUUCUAGCCCCUCUCCAAGUGCAACACUGCCGCAGUUCCGUAGAGAGGGGGAUUCUCCCAGCUCUCUGCCUGAGAAGAAUAAGAUGGCUGAUCUCUCUCCACUGAAGAGUGAUGAGUCAGGGAAUGAAUCUCGUUCCUUGUCCCAGGAAAGCAUAGAAUUAUCACUGCACAAUUCAAAUGUAUCAAAACUUUCUCAACCAUCUAGUAAGGAUUCAGAUUCAGAGGAAUCUGACUGUAAUUUUAAGUCACCAGCUAAUCAAGGUUAUCAAAACUCCAAGAUGCAUUUAUCUCAUUUUUCAAAAAAAGACAAACUUCUAAGGAACAAGGUUCCUGGGCUAUAUAAGUCUAGUUCCUUGGACUCUCUUUCUACAACCAAGAUCAAGCCUCUAGUGCCUGCCAAAGUCAGUGGGCUGAGUAAGAAACCAACAAGCAUCCAGAGAAGAAAUCAUCAUAAUGCUGAAAACAAGCCAGGAUUGCAGAUAAAAAUCAGUGAGCUCUGGAAAAAUUUUGGAUUUAAAAAAGAUUCUGAAAAGCUUCCUUCUUGUAAGAAGCCAGCUCCCCUGUCUCCACACAGAGACAACAUCCAACUAACUCCGGAAGCAGAAGAGGAUAUAUUUAAUAAAUCUGAAUGUACUGGUGUUCAAAGAGCAAUAUUCCAAUAA